UUGGGUAUGUGUGCUGUUAAAUCUCUGAGGUCAUUUUACAUGUAUGUGCACUGUAUUGGGCUGGUUUUCCUCUCACAUAGGUGUCGUCGCUUUGUUUUAGUUUCACUUUUGUUUAAGUUGUAUGUGUUUAUUUUUUGGGGGAGCUUUUUUUUCUUUUUUGCUUACUCUUCUUAAAGUCUUUCACCAAGUGUUUUAUUCACACACGGAUCACCGCUGGACACGUGUUUAUUACGGAGUAAUUUUAGCAUCAGUUUCUAUGUGUUUUGACGAUGUUGACGUGUAACGGACACGCGCCGCAUCCUUUCGUCCAUGAAGUGAGUCUAUCAAAAGUUCAGCGGAUUCGGGGACUCAUUCUGGGCUCUGUUCUGUUUCCUGUUCGCAUUACUCUCGCCACCCUCUCCUUCCUGCUUGCGUGGCCCUUUGCUCGACUGCGAUUGGCCGGCCUCUCGGACACCGAGAGGGCAGAGCCUGUGAAGGGCUGGCGACGGUGGCUCUUCCAUCACAUCAUCCUCUUCUUCAGUCGCGCAGUCUUCUUCUCUGUGGGCUUCUUGUGGAUUAAGGUCAAAGGGCGUCAGGCGGGGCUAAAGGAAGCUCCCGUGUUGGCUGUGGCACCUCACAGCAGCUUCCUGGACAUGCUGGUGUUGUGCGCGACUGGUCUGCCGACUGUAGUGUCCCGAUCGGAGAACACCAAACUACCCGUUAUAGGAGCACUUUUAGAGUUUAAUCAGUCGGUGAUAGUGAGCAGAAAAGACCCUGAAUCCAGAAAACAGUGUGUGUCUCAGAUUCGAGACAGAGUCGCAUCUAAUGGCCGCUGGCCGCAGAUGUUGAUGUUUCCAGAAGGAACGACGACUAAUGGACGUUCCCUGAUCAAAUUCAAACCUGGUGCUUUCCUGGCUGGUGUUCCCAUUCAGCCCGUGCUGCUUCACUAUCCUAAUAAACCGGACACUGUUCGCUGGACUUGGAAAGGAAUGACAUGGUUUGAAGCUCUGUGGCACACGACCUCUCAGCUCUACACCAAUGUUACUGUGGAGUUCCUGCCCGUCUACACACCAUCACAGGAAGAGCAGCAGAACCCAGACUUAUACGCCGAGAACGUACAGAAACUCAUGGCCAAAGCUCUGGGUGUUCCUGCGACGGAUUAUGUGAUGGAGGGCCGUUUUCCUGUUCAAAAGCUCGGAAACAUCUCGCUUCCACUGGAGCCGCCUGCUCGAGAAACUAUUAGAUUGCUCCUCCAGCACGGUCUUAGUAGCGCUCGCAUAGAAACAGUGAUGAACGGCAUGAUUGACAGCUGUCACUCAGGGCAGAGCACCAUGGUAACCGCAGAUCACCUGACGGCUCUUUUGGGACUCGCUGACAAAAAGACGGCAGUAAAGAUCUGCUCGCUCUACUCGAAGGAUGAUUCUGUGGAUUUGAAACAGUUUUGUUUGAGUGUGUCUGCUGUAUCUGGAUUCAGAAGUCUGGAGUCGCUCUUACACACUGCAUUCACGUGGUACGACAGUGACUGCGAUGGAUUGCUGAGCGCGGAAGAUCUGUGUGGCCUGAUGGGGGCGCUGGUGGGCGUUCCACAGUACGAUAUUGCAGAGAUGUACUCUGCGCUGACCACCAGGGGGCGACCUACAGAAGCAUUACUUCAAGACCUAUUGAUGACGCAUCCAAUCUAUCAUAAACUCCUUACCGAUUAUCUCCACUCCGAUGCGAUUGUGACGGCUGACGGAAAUCACAACGGGAUACUGAAUGGGAAAGCCAACGGCAACAACGGAAUUUAUAAGAAGUUUGACUAAGGACUAACGUCAGAUCUCUUCAAAGUUUUUAAUUGGUCAGUUGCUGUAUCGUAAUACUCAUGACGAGUGUUUGCGAAUGUGCAAUAUACUUCUGGCGUAUUUAUCCAGUCACAUAUUUUAACAUGAUUGCAUGUAUGUUAGCGUGCGCUUUGGAAGAUAUGAAGUGAGACUGAGUGUUGAGUGUGUGGGAAGUUUACAUUUUUAUUUUUGCGUUAUGUUUUCUUAAUAUUGCUGUGAAUGGUACUGUGAGAAUGUAUUGCUAAAAAUGUGCCUUGCAAUAAAUACCUUUCUUUUUUUUAAUGAUGUUAGAAGGAUUUGUAUGUGUGUAUAUUGUCAUUUAAGCUAUAUUUAAUUGAAAAGCAAAUUACUUUUGUAUCAUGAAAGCACACUGUCAACUUGUCAUAUUUUAUACUUUAAUAUAUUAAAGUUUCUUAA